AUGCUACCGCUGAUGACGAUUGCGUGCAUUCUUCCAACAAUUCCUAUCUUCAUUUUCUCAUUCCUUAUUAUCGGUUGUUCUUCCAAAAAAGCAGAACCUGAAGUAGGCGGAGAAAGAGGAGGGAAAAGGACUACGUCAGCAGGUCAAGGGCAACCAGUAACAACGCCAAGGUCAACAACACCCGCAACAGUACCUCCUCCUGUUGUGCCCGCAGAAAAGAAUGCACCGAAGAAAGAGACUAAUACCGCUGGUGCUAUGGUUGGAGGUGGUGAAGAGGAAGAUGGGGGAUACGAAUCAUGUCCUGAUAUGACACCUGAACAACUUGCUAAAAUUGCAAACGAGUCUCCAGCAAAAUAA